AUGAAGUUUGAGACAGAGAAACUUUCUUGGUGCUUGUGAUUUCGUUUCGUCUUACUGUAUUCAUAGAUAUUCAGUAACACAUGCAGCGUCAGGACUUUGUUGAUUAUUGAGAGCACUCGGUGGAGAGAGAGAGAGAGAGAGAGGGGGCAUCCGCGACUCCGUGUCUUGACACGGGUGUAAUCAUUAGUACAAAACGGUUUGCAACAGGAACCAUUUACUACAAACGAAAACGUUUCGCAUUAAAACGAGACUUUCUAUUGGACAAAAUCCAGCUAGGUCUCUCCCCGUUUCGUUCCGUUUGCUUCCGUUUUGGUUCCUAGUUAACAAUACACAACAGGCAAUGCUCUGACGUCACAAGUGAGACUCUCAACUAAAGCACGCCUAAUCGAAUAUAUAUAUAUAUAUAUAUAUUAUGGUUCAAUCAGUGGAUAUACUUCCCGGGACAGAGAACUCUUUGUUUGGAGCCAAAAUCAUGAAAGCACAGGUGGCAGAGUAACCGCAGGACAUCGAGGCUGUUCUUUGCUGGGGUCCUCCCUCCAGACUAUUUCUCUCUUUCAUCCUCCUUUUCCCUUCACUCUCUUUCUCCACCUGCACAUCAGUCCCUCCAUCCUUCCUUGUCUCUUAACUCCACCCAGUGGCACUGCCAUCAUGCGUCGGUACAGCUCCGAGGGGUCUCUACUCGAUAUGGAUUUCCUGCCACGGAGGAAAGUAUCCGCGAAGGGCCACAACUACCACAGCCGGGACGGGGAGUCAGGUACCUACAACCCCGACCUGGAAGGUGACGAACUGGAUGGGCGAACCACCUCUUUCCCCCCUACCCCUAUCAUCGUGGAGCCUGGAGCCAGCCACGGGAGGGGGGAGCUGAGCAGGGACCACAGCGUCAGUGUGGAGAAUUUCACAGAACUGGGGAAGCUAGAGGGUAAGGGAUUUCUUGGAGUGGUGAACCUCAAUGAAGUAUGUAGGGCAUAUAGUGACGGGCAGUUGGCACCGGGGACGACGAGCCGCAGCACAGAGAGCGUGGGCAGCGACAACCAGCCACCGCCCUCUCCCUCGCUCUCAACCUCUGGCUUCAGCCCCUUGUCCUUGAAGUCACAGCAACGGUCCCACACCAGAGCCAAGCUGUCAGCAGCCAAGCUACACCUGAAGAGCCUGUUUGGGCAGAGUCCCCAUUCAUCACAUUCCAACCUGUUUAACCCAGAACAGAAAGAACAGAGAGACAGUGAUAAAGAGCGGAGGUCUCGCCUCCCGUUGAUGCACCAGUGGAGUCAGGUGGGCCACAGCAACGCCAAGUUCAGUCGAGUGGAACUUGAUAAGUGGGCUGAAUCGCUGGACGACCUCCUGGCCAGUCGGAUGGGUGUUUCUGUGUUUGCAGCAUUCCUUCGCUCAGAGUUUAGUGAGGAGAAUCUGCAGUUCUAUCUGGCCUGUGAGCAGUACAGAAACUCGUCCAACAACUUUAGCCUUCACAGACGGGCCAAGUCGAUCACUGCCACCUAUAUUGAUGCGGGGGCACCACGAGAGGUGAACUUGGACAGUAAGACCAGAGACUUAACCACACAGCUGCUACAGGCCCCAUCACACACCUCCCUGUCCCACGCCCAGAAACGCAUCUACUCCCUCCUGGAUACAGACUGCUACCCUCGCUUCCUCCAGUCCGACAUCUACCUCACCCUGCUGGGCCAGGCUGACUAGAGACUAAGGGCUCCAUUCAAUCCGUAUCGUGGAAGUACAGCACUAUAGCCUCGAUUGAAAGAAAUAGGCAAAUGUGCCUGCGUUUGCGGAGACUAGAUUCACGUUAAACGCUGUAUAUGAUGGCUCAAUCUGAAAUUACCUUUACAUUUCAAUCACGCUGUAGCGUUGAAUUACUGCAAUAAGAAUUGAAUGGAGACCUAAGGCUGCGUCCCUAUUCCUCCACUCUCCACCCUUCUCCUAAAGUGUACACUUGCACACUAUCUUACAUGGAUUUAACAAUGAUGGAAAGGAUACUCCAAUCCAGUGCUUUUGAAAUCCUAUGAUGGGUGUGUGUAAGUGCUUACUGGGAAAGGGUGGAAAACAGAGACCUAUCUGUCGUGGAAAUGGGAUUGGACAGUUGCAGGAGAUGCCGUUACAUAAUGUAGAGUUAAAGAGGUUUUGGGGUUUAUUCAUUCCAGUUAAUGAGCAGGGUUGUGUUAAUUUGGGCAUGGAACAGAAAAACGUUUAAAAAAUGUUUUUCAAAGCAAAAAAAAACGAAAAUGAGAGUUCCUUAUUGGACAAGUCCAGGUAGUCCCUUUCUGUUUCAGUGUGUAAUGAACAUAACCCAGGGGGUUCUGUUAGGUUCUGUUCUGCUUAGGGUGUGAAGGAGCUUGGGGAAAUGACAGCAGGGAAUGCCAUGGGGUUUGGAUUGAAGGAGCUUGCCAAUCCAUCCACAGAGGUUACGAGACAGGGACCUGUUUCUUCCAUGACUUAGUGAGUGUGACACUGCCGAUUAUCAGCGUUUGUAAUCAUUAAACAUCCUCUUUUUGUUGGCAUCAUUCAUAGCAGAUCAGCUAAGAAGCCGAUAGGUCGCCCACGGUCCAAUGAGCACGUAUGGAAUUCCGACAGCGGAGACAAAGGAAAAACAAGUAGAGCAAGAUGCCACACUAGUUAAAAAAGGACAACACAUUUUGUGAAACCCAAAGCAGGCCACACUGGUAGAGGAGGGUGGAGGAGGGUGGCCCGUACAAGGAAGUAACCUAUUUAAAGAUUGCCUCCAGGAACUCUUUUUGCAAAAAAAGGGAUUCCUUUUCAAAGAUGUCACCUUAUAAUCCCUCAGAUCAGAUGGAUGGUUUUAUUAACAUAUCAAGACAGAUCAUUUGUCGCUAGAUAAUUCAAAAUAAUUGUAUUGCUUCCAAGUAAGCCAUCUUCCAUUACAAUAACACAAAAAGGAGGUGUCCCAUCAGGCCUCUGGCAAAACAAAGUCCGUGUUGGUUUGAUGCUGUUCUUAGGUGACUGCAGUGUGCUAAACAGUGUGUGAAAACCAACAGAAAAACCCUUUCACUUCAUGCUCCAUUGUACAUAUUUUUAAAACAGUAAUCUGAAGAGAAUCCAACAGAUAAACAAAAUAAUAUAAUCA